AUUUUCCCGAAGCACGCAAACAGGAAUGCUUAGAGUGAGCUUCUAAAACAUCUCUGCUACGUGCGUGCGUGAGUGUUCUGUGGCUUCGUGGUGUACACCUGAGUGCUGCAAGUGCGGCAAAGCGGAUAUUAUUGGUAAAUCGUCAGAAAUAGAAGAUAAUUCACUCAUCCACAAUGCGUGAAUUCAAAGUGGUCGUCCUGGGCUCGGGCGGUGUGGGAAAGUCGGCCCUCACGGUGCAGUUCGUUUCGGGCUGCUUUAUAGAAAAAUACGAUCCAACCAUCGAGGAUUUUUAUCGAAAAGAGAUUGAGGUGGACAAUUCUCCUUGCGUGCUGGAAAUUCUGGACACGGCGGGCACCGAACAGUUUGCCUCGAUGCGAGACUUGUACAUCAAAAAUGGUCACGGCUUUAUCGUUAUGUAUUCCCUAACAAACCACCAGACAUUUCAGGAUAUCGCAAGUAUGAGAAAUGUGAUCAGUCGUGUGAAAGGUAGUCAGCCAGCACCAAUCCUCCUAGUCGCCAAUAAGCUAGAUUUAGAUUGCCAAAGAGAAGUGUCCACGGCGGAAGGUAAUGCCCUUGCGGAGCAGUGGGAUUGUCCGUUCAUCGAAGCAUCCGCGAAAGAUCGCAUCAACGUGAACGAAGUCUUCGCUACCGUCGUCCGAGAGAUGAAUAUGACCUCCGAAAAGCGCCAGAAGAAAAGUUACUGUUGUUGUACAUUAUUAUAGAACUGGCAUUAAGUCUAAUUUUUAACCUAAUUAAUUAAUAAUAAUAAUUAAUAAAGAGGAAAAAGGAAACAUCUACAUACACACAACCGGAGGAUGGUAGGGUGGAAGCGUAGGAGAGCGUAGGACCCACACAUAUGCAACCAGCAAAAAACACACACACAAAGCGGCUUAAGGGUUAGGAAGAGAGUGAUGGUGCAGUCUCAAAGUAAGGGCUUUUUCACUCGACUCCGGGUACUCCACAUCCCCCUAGAAACAACUGGAAGCUGUGUGAGCCAAAUGUAGCUUAUUUGUGCAGUAGGAAUACUUCCGAAGGUACUGAAGAAAGUGCACUAAACUCUGAUCUUGCGAGAAAUUAGCGAGUGAUCGAACGAAGUUUGUUCUUGUUUCGGGAGUGAACCGCUGCUACUGCUUCUUGUAGGUGUGCCCAGCUGAUCUGCUAGGUGUAGUAGUGUUUGUUCUUUUGUUUUCUUUUUAACUUUUGGUUAGCAAAUUUUUGGAACAUUUUAAUGUGAGAGGGAGGCAGUCUCGCUGGUAGGGGGAUUCUGCUGCAAUACUACACCAUGGCACCUGCAUGGUAGGGAAGAAAAUAAAAACAAAAACCCGGAACGACGCUACUGCUGCACCACAUGGCAUGGCAAUAAUGAUUGGACUGAGGCAUGCACAUUUGGUGGAAAGCGUGUUCAGUAGUGCAGGAGUGGACAGUGGGACAGUGCAGUGUGAAACAUGUUGGGCAUUUGGAGCUGAUCCCGGGGAAAAUGUCCCCCAGAGGGGGAUGCAAAAGGGAAAUAGUAGAUUAUUCGUGUUUUUUGGGAAGGGAAACUGUAAAUGCUCUAGUUUUUGUGUGUAUGUAUGUAAUGUGUGUAAGCUAGAUCGCGUAUCGCGGCAUCCACAAAAUGGAUGCCCCUUCCCCCAUCACUGCUGCGGGAGCACUAAAUUUGCCGCGCGUACAAGUAGAAGAAAAGAAGGAGGACACGGAUAGGGGAAGCGGAAUAAAAUAUUACAUGUAACAGAUAAUAAUUAAUUAGUAAAACUAACACAAACACAUGCGGAUGACGACGGUGUUGUAGUAGAAGAACGAGUGGGCAAUAUAGCAACGAACAAAACGCAAAUGGAAGAAAAAACAACACACACAGGACACAGGACACUUAUAAAAACACCCUCCCCGUAUCGAAACCUCCAAUUUUUCACCUCAAUGGCAAAUGUGGUAUAGUAGUGUGUGUAUACAUAUAAAUAUUUUCUCCGUGUGUCGGAGAACUUGCAUCGAAAAUUCUCGUUCGAAAAAAAGGCUUGGAAAAACCUUGGAAAACUAUUCAAUUGGGCGAAUGAGUGCGUGGAGAAACGAGAGACGAGAGAAAAAAAACGGUACAUUACAUAUAUAUAUGUAAAGCAGCAGAAGGUUCUCAAACUUUUUGCAUGAUAUUUUAUGAAAAACACACUCACACACACACGAAGAAGGGAAUGAGAGACUGCAAAAGUGCACCACAGAAAAGGCUGGGUAGAAAAUUAAACAUUUCAUUAGAAACAAAGAAAAAAAAACAACAAAACACGCAACAAACAUAAAACCAAACAAAAACAUACCAAUUCUCUUUCUUACCACUCUAAAAACCAGCAACAAACACCCGGGGAUGGGUAUUGGCAGGAAAAGCGAGAACAGAAACCAGAUCAAUUGAUAGUUGCAAAUGGUCCGAUCCAUCUCACACACCACGCAUACACCUCUCCUCUUCGAGAAACAAUUAUUGUACACGAAACGGGAACUAUACAUCCGUGGCUGUUGCUUGGAAGAUCGAGGGACUAGUACUGGCAGUACUAUCAACAGCAAAUGAAGGGGAUCAAUGGGGGAAGAGGAACCCAAAAAUAACACAAAACGAUCAGUCAAAAGGGAUGAACACAGGGAAUGGAAGGAUUCUGUUUGUUUGUUUGUUUAUUUUUCCUUUACGUUUAUUUUGCGUUGUUGUUAAUCUGGGAAUUAGGCAAUCGAUGUGCGCUGCUGCUGCUGCCCGUUUGCUUCUUCUCUUCGUGUGUGUCGCGCCAAACCCGCGCGUCUUGAGUCGCCUGCGCUUAAUAAUGUAAUCUUUUGUAGACAUUCUUUUGUUUUAUUGUAAUGAAAAUAUGUGCCAUUUUCACGAUGGCGUUGUGGUGGUACACAACAGGGCAUAGGGCAGGCAUCCUUCUACUUCAUUCUUUCGCAUGUACACUAGCACACACACACACACACACACCCUUCUAACGCUGCUUGGGGGUAGAGACGCCAGAGCAUCGUUUGCUAAAACAGCAUGAUAGCGAAAUGCUGUGCAUGGGGAAGUGUGACGAGCGGAUACAAAUCGGAAUAACUAAUUGCGAACUGCAAUGACUCUCUCCCAUCACACAACCAGAGAAAAGGAUAUAGAGGCAUGCGUGGAAUUGUUGUUUGUAGCGAGAGAAGGAAGCAGGAGCGCAAAAAAAAACACUUAGUAGCAAAGCAAAACCGAAAUGUUGAUAAUGUAGUAACACUCAAGCCUACGGACGGAGGAAGUGAAGGGAGAAGGAUAGGUUUCGGCCUCAAUUUACUCUACCCAAGGGUACGUGUACACCAAAAAAACAAAAAACAAAACGGGAGAGAUCAGCUGAGGUAGUAGUGCGUACAGCUACUAUGUACACAAACAGAGCGAACGCGUGCCAAGUGGGACGAUAAGAGCCGCGAAACCUGGAAAGCUGAAAUUCAUAAGUAGUAACAUACAUGCAUACAUAUUAUUAGGCGUAAUUUAGUAAAGCCAGCUGGUUCUCCCUCCCGGAGGCGGCGGGACACGACGGUUAGCGCGCCGAGAAAGCUAGGAGGUUCGCAAGUAGGAAAGGAACGAGGAAAGCAGUGGAUCAAUAAGAAACAGACUAUUUUUAUCGUAUCAAAUUUUGUAUACACAAGAAGAGGGAGGAGGAAGGGGGGUCGUCGGAGGAAUGUAAAAAGGGAAACUAUUAUAGCAAGCAAAACAAAUGAAAAGCGUUUGCGCGUGUCAAAGGCCCCUGCGUCGUUGUGGAAGGAAGAAAACGCGCGAAACGGCGGUUACUGCAAAAACAGGGUGAUAGGGAUAUGGAAUAGGGAUAUACACGCCUGCUUUACCACUGUGUAAUGUAUAUCGCGGGCUCCGCGAGAGCUUUUUCCUCCAGGGCGAGGGAAACACGCGCUGGCGGCGGGCGGGGGCAGUGUGUUGGCAGGAGAAAAGAUUUUGUGAAGAAGCGUGACAGGAGAGAGGAUAGGAAAAUGGUGCGCUAAGUUACAAUAAAGUAAAAUGUACGUGA